GUGGUGGUCGUGGUUCUCAUUACUGAAUUCUGCUGUCUCCCCUCUGCCUGCAGAACUGAGCUGCUGCUCCACCACAGAGAGCUGUGACUCUUUGCUGAACUCGAGACUGGAGUCCAGUGGCCUCCUACACAGUGCAGUGAACAACUCCCUUCCUUUUGCUGCCUAGCAUGGAUACUUGGAGGAGAGGAUCCAUUAAAUCCACAACGUUCUUCAAGCGUCUUUCAUUCAGGAGGCACAAAAAGCUGGGUAAUCAAGUCAUUAUUUUGAAUCAGAACAGCCAGACACUUGAGAACAAUGGACAGUACAAGAGGGAACCACUAAGAGACCUGAAGGAUAAAUCAGAGUACCUGUUAUGUAAGAGUGAGCAAAAUCUAGCUCAGGCACAGGCACCUCCUAAGCCACCCCGGCUCUAUCUGGACAGUUCCAGCUGCCCCAACAUAAUUGACCACACGGAGUCUCACUCGACAGCCAUCUCCUUUUCCAGUGUCACCCCUCAGUACCAUAAGGCGACACAAACACAAGGGACUAACUCCCACACGGUCCAGGCUACAGACUGUGGGACCUCUGAAACAGGCUCUGAUCCCUUCCUUUCCUUCAAAGUGGACUUGGGGCUAUCACUCCUUGAGGAUGUUCUGCAGACUCUCCGGAAACAGAAUCCAAGAGAUUACGCAGCUUGA